CAAAAGUGAUUUGUACGAUCAACUUUAUCAACGCAUUCCUAUCUUGCCCGCAAUGGAUAUAAUCUCGUUCAAAAUGUGUCUGCACCACCAACAUGGAAACCAAUCGAUUUAAAGCUUUAGCGCAAGCGCUAAAAAGGAUGGCGUACGUUGCGCCCCUGCUUUCAGCCGAAGAGAUUGAUAAAUUUCAUCAAAACAAACCAGAAAGAGAGCAUGGACGAUGAGAAAUAAGUAGCCGUUAAAGAUCCAUCGUUCUUCUCUUUUCUUCGACACUAUUCAUCGAUAGCGAUUCAACCGACAUGAGUCCUGGACUUGGACACGACCCUCUUCCUUCGUACAAUAUCACCGCAUUAGGUAAUACGGCAUUGUGUCUGUGGCAGAAACCGCAGCAUAUGUUGUUUCAAUUGGCGAAUCUCUGCUUCGCGUUGUCGUAUUCAGCACCUUCUUCGAAGAAAGGGAUAUUGUUCAUGCAUUCUGUCCUAAUAAUAGGAUUCAUGUUGUUGUCAGGCUGGGCAUGGCACGUGAUCUGCGCACCGGACAUAUUCUCUUGGAACUUCAGCUUCCUGGUGUUGAACAUCGGUCAACUGGUUUAUAUCGUUUAUCAAAUGAGACCUGUCCGAUUCGACCCUGAAUUAGAGGAAGCGUAUCACACUCUUUUCUAUCCAUUCAAAGUGUCUCGACUGCAGUUCAAGAGGCUCGUGUCGCCAGAAUUCGCAUCGAUAAUGUCGUUGCAUGCAGGUGAAGCAUACGCAAUGCAAAAUCUAACUCGGACAGACAGAUUAGGAUUACUGCUUAGCGGCAAGGUAAACGUUCUCAGCGAUUCGAAUUUCCUGCAUCCUAUCCUGCCUUGCGAGUUCCUAGAUUCGCCGGAAUUCGAGAGCUCUCGGGCAUCCGUGGACGACAAAUUCAAGGUGUCAAUUGUCGCCGCAAGCUCCUGCAGGUACUUAUAUUGGCAAAGAUCCGCGCUGGAGUAUCUCCUCGUGAAGGAAGCAUAUUUAGCGACAGUUUUAACGACGUUGGUUGCCAGAGAUAUUGCCACCAAAUUGUACGCUAUGAACAGCAAGAUUGUUACAGAUAAAGGAUCGCAUUUGGAUAUAAGACUGCCAACUAUCAGCGCAGGGUUAACGAUAAGUAGCGAAUACAGGAGUCCAAGAGCAUCCAGACAAGCAUUGAUUCGCAGGAAGGAAUCGUCGAUGUCUUCCGAUAAUGGUGAACAAUCUCUCGAAGAAAGGGGCACCGAACAUGGAACCUCUUCCAGAAAUGCCUUCGUACGACGACUUGGCAUCCAGUGGUGUGGAAAGUUGGUUAGAUUCGUCGAGCAAGUAUCACAGUUGCGAGAUUGUGGACGAAGAAUAGCAGGAGGCCUCCUUAACGCCGGACACAUUUUACGAGGAAGAUAGUGAAUAGUGCUGCGUUAGGGAAUUACAUAGUAAAUGAAACGAAGACUGCAGUGUUUUAACCGAACUUUAUUCCAAGGAACUAAGUGAUAAUGAUAAAAUAGGCUCUAGAUCGUUUCCAGUCGGUGCUUUCGUUUGGCGAGCGAGAAACUUCAUGAACGUAAUUGCUGAGAAUCUACUCACGCAACUGCUUAGAAGAAAUGCUGUAAGAAAGACCGAAGUUAAGCAUAUAAAAUAGUUUUGAUAAGUGUUAAUAGAAUAUAUUGUCGAUUUUGGUAUAAGUUGUUAUAAUUGUAAGAACAGAACGUCGGUAUACAAAUGCGUAACGCGUUUAAUCCGGCGUUAAUUUUUCUUCAUUUAUGUAUCAUUUAUAACAUUUUAAUUCUUUUCCUUUUCGUUUCGAUUAAAAAUACGAUAAAUACCGUAGAAUAAUUUUUUGUUAAGAUGUUCGAUUAAUGUGUCAAUUAAAAAACAUUAUGAUAGAAUGAAAAUGCAAAUUAUAAAUACGAUCUGCAGAGACUUAAUCAAAUGAACAACUUUUAAUAUCUACUUUAUUGAAACAUACAUACUAAUUAAUUAAACAUUUAAAAACUAUUUAAGGAAGAAAGUGUAUAUUCAAAGUAGAAUCGUUUUAUUUUAAACGUAAAGAAAACAUAAGUAAAUGAUCAAUCGAUAUUCCGGUAGCCUAAGUCUAAGCAAAAUGAACACCAAGUGAGAUGAGGAGAAUGAGAGAAUGAGAGUCGUAGCGCAAGACACACUCUAAGGAACGGAACUAUAGCGUUUAAUCGAAGAGUAAAACGCGUGGAAAGCUCAGGUAUAGUGUUCAAAAAUCUACCUGAAGCACAUUUUUGCACAAUUUAGAAGUAGUUUAACACGCACAAGAAGCAAUUUUAUUCAUUUUUAAAAGUAAAUUUUCAACAAGCUUUUCCACCUGGAGUUGUAUAUUUCAAAUCGCGUGGAUGUUGUAAUUUUGAGAAUCAAUUUAUUAAGCUACUACAAAAGUAAAUAUUACUAAUCGAUAUUACUAAUUUGAAGCCUCGCUAGAUCUAUAAUUCAGAUGUCACAUAAAUAACGGAGAACAUAAAUAGCAGAAAAAAUUAAAUUAAAUUAACAUAAAUAGCAGAAAAAUGCUGUCGGAGCAACUAAAGUUUCGAGCGAUGAUUGCGCGAAAGUGCUUGUGCAACGAGGUAUCUAGAAUUUCCAAUUAAUAUAAAUAUUAUCGUUCUAUCAAUAUGCGUAUUAAAAAUGCGGUAAAGCCUUUAAACUGUUCCUUAGAUAAGUGCACGACCUAUUUUGUAAGCAAAAUUUUCUAUCUUAGAAGCUUUUGUAGAUUGUUAGAACGAAUAUUUCUCCUUGUCUAAAAAUAUUCACAUAUAUGUAUGUUGUAUACGAUGGACAUUUUUAAUAGAAAGUACUUUGAAAUUUUCGUCUGGGUGAAACUCGUGUAUAGGCAGGAUUUUAUAGCGAUUUUAAUACGUAAUUGUGUUGCACACACGCAGAUAUACAACUUGGUAAUAAAAGAAAUUACGGCGAUUAAGGAUUAUAUAUGCGUGAUUAAUAUAUGCGAGGAAAAAUCCGUGCACGUAACACACGUAAUUUAGAAGGCAUAAAUGUCUGUGAAAGAUAUUAUUUCAGAAAGUUGAAUUAGUCAUCUGUAAAGAAAGCUUCUUUUUCUCGAAUAUUUCAUUUUAUAUAUAUAUUUUGUCAUGCUAUCACAAAGAAUAUUUUCUUUUUUUUUUGUUCGAUUUUUCAUACUUUCUUUCUAUCUUAUAGUAUCACUUGUACGUUUGUAAUGUUUGUAAUGGAAGAUUAAUAAUUAAUAAGAUUCAGCCUAGGAUGUAAUAAACGUUGUUCAUUUUUCACUGUAGCCGCACCGACGGCAAUGUAGAAGAUUGAUCGAACGAUAGGGUUAAUUUUUAGUAUUUAAAUACGCAUUUUAUAUAAGUUUUAAUUACUAUUUUCU